GGUUCCCGCAGACACCCACCCAACUGGGCGUUCUUGUAAAGACGUCACGUGGCUCCGCCCCAGCCGGUGACUGAGUGACCAGAGCCGGUGGUCCGGUGGAGGAUCAUGGCGCCGUCUCAUGUAUUACGGUGCUGCCAGCGGGUGUUGGGAUGGGUCCCCGUGCUGUUUAUCACCUUGGUGGUGUGCUGGUCUUAUUACGCCUACGUGGUGGAACUGUGUAUCUUUACAAUUCCAUCGGAUACUGAGAAAGUUGUCUAUCUGGUGAUUUUUCAUCUAUCUUUUAUAAUGUUUGUGUGGUCGUACUGGAAGACAAUCUUUUCAAAACCUGCUAAUCCAUCUAAGGAGUUUUGUUUAUCCAAAUCUGACAAGGAACUGUAUGAAAGAGAAGAGAGACAAGAAUUCCAGCAGGAGAUUCUCAAACGAGCUGCUAAAGAUUUGCCUAUUUACACAACAACUGCUACAAGAGCUAUCCGAUAUUGUGACAGAUGCCAACUGAUUAAACCUGACCGGUGUCACCAUUGUUCAGCCUGUGAUGUAUGUGUACUGAAAAUGGAUCAUCAUUGCCCAUGGGUGAACAACUGUGUGGGAUUUUCCAACUACAAAUUCUUCCUCCUAUUUUUAAUGUACUCAUUAAUAUACUGCCUUUUUGUUGCUGGCACUGUUCUUCAGUAUUUCAUAAAGUUUUGGACGAAUGAACUCCAAGACACUCGAGCAAAAUUCCACGUCCUUUUCCUUUUCUUUGUGGCAGCCAUGUUCUUCAUCAGUGUUUUGUCACUUUUCAGCUAUCAUUGUUGGCUUGUUGGGAAAAAUAGGUCUACGAUAGAGGCUUUUCGGGCUCCUUCAUUUCGAACUGGGCCAGAAAAAAAUGGCUUUUCUCUUGGUUUCAGCAAGAAUUUAAGAGAAGUUUUUGGUGAACAAAAGAAGUAUUGGUUAUUGCCCAUUUUCACAAGUUUGGGUGAUGGUUGUUCCUUUCCAACUCGCCUUGUGAUAGGGGAUUUAGAACAAAAUAAUGCUGCCUUGAGCCAAAGUGAUUCUGCCAAACACUCUGGGCCAAAUCAGCAGUUCCCUGCAAGACCUCUUAGUGAAUCACAGAAUCGAUUGCUGGGGAGCGAUAAUCAGUGGAUUGACAGCAAUUCAGCAACUGAGGAACACACGGAGAGAGGUGCUAAAAGCCAUGUUUCAGUACUGAUGGAAAGCUGAUUGGUUUUACAGCCAUAAAACCUCUGCAUAGGGGAUUAUAGUCAGGGAUGUUACAGCACAGUUCGGUCUUGAAUAAUAUCCAGACUUUCACACUUCAGGUGCACUCCACUCAAGAGGACGUAUAAGAACAACGUCUUCAUGCACAACGAGUGUCUGGAAGCCACAGCAAAGAACAUCUGUUGCCUUAUUCUUACUGCAUUUGUCUUUUUACAAAGUGACUUUUUUUUUUACUUAGAAAUAUUUUAUUCAUAAAUGUGUUAUUUUAUCGUAUUCUGUUUUAUUUUGAGUCAGUUGUUUUUCUGGCUGAAAGAUCUAUACAAUAAUUUCCCUUACAUAUGUUCACCAUAGGAGUAUGAAUGGAAAAACGCCAAGGAUCAUAGGUGAAACACGUGGAGGUAGAUCUAGAAUACCAGACAUCUUCUGAAGUGGAUCUGAAAUCCGGCAGCAUGGGCUGACCCAGUGCUUGCCAGACAUGCAUGUAGAUUGUCAUAGCUUCUGCAUCAUGCCCACCAGUAUUUUCAAAACCUACAAAUAAGCAGAUAUCAAUUUAAAUAAAAAAAUAUUUACUUUAACUUUGUUACCCAAAGAAGAAACCAUAUUGCAUUGUAGUUGGCAUAAGCAUUGUAGUUGUGGUCUAUGUAAGUCUCAUAAGUCUUGUUGACUUUUUCAUCAUGUAAAAUAUCCACAAACGUUCUAUAAGAACAGUUGUAGCUGAACAGAUGUAAACAUAACAUUUUAUACUGGAGGCAUUUCUUAAUACAGUUUUUUUGUACCUUUUUAUACAAAUUGGAAGAGAGCAAGAAUGUAUGUAGGUGUCUGAUAAAGUCAAUUAACUGUUUUUUUUUCUGAAUUCUGAAUAUUUUUUAAGGAACUACAACUUAAUUAGGCAUGGAUACUGUAUUAUGCAAAAAUGAUUGUGAUCAUGAAAAGGAUGAUGUAUGCUUUGCUAGGUUACUAUAGGCUAGAAUUACUUUCUCAGUAUUGACCAUGAUGCACAAUAUAUCUAUACAGGUCUGCAAGGCCAGUAAACCAUAACAGAUUGUCUCUGCCAAACCUUGCUUGAAAUAAAAUUCUGAAAAUUGACACUCGUAAAA